GGCGGCCGGAUAAUCGUCGUCUCCCCGCCAAUCUACUCCCGCUUCUUCCGCGGAAAAACCGCCUACGCAAUCGGCAAAGUGGGCAUGUCCGUCCUUGUCAAAGGCCUAGCAAUGGACUUCGACCGAGAAGCCCUCCCGCUCCCUGACAAAAACCGCCAAAAAGGUAUGGCCAUCACCGGCAUCUGGCCCGCCGUCGCCAUCGAAUCCGCCGCGACAGAACAGUUCACACGACGCGACCAAGAGUAUAAACGGGAUUUGAGAAAGCCUACUAUUUUCUCUGACGCCAUAUUGGCAAUUUUGGACGUGCCGGCGGAAAGGGUGAAUGGGGAGUUGUUACUUGAUGAGGAUUUCUUACGGGAGGAAAGGGGUGUGACGGAUUUUGGAAAGUACUCUCUGGUACCGGGGGCGAACCCAAAGAGGAUUAUGCCAGAGGUGUUGCCUGAUUUGAGGGUCAAGGAGCAGGAUGAUGAGGGGAUGAGGAUUGAUAGUUCCAAGCUUUGA